GGAACAAAAGCUGCCUCCAGGAGGUCCUGAGGCAGACGGACAAGCCUAAGGACAAGGGAGGAGCUACUGGACCCAAGAAGGAAUAAAAUAGAUCCUGAUUUUGGAACCCGAAGGCCAAAGUGCAAGACUCUGCUACUUCCAUCUGUGGACCCUUGGGUGGGUAUCUCUGGGCCUUCACUUACUCUUUGUGAAAUGGGGACAGGGGCAAUCCCUACCCUACCAAGUCAUUGGGAGUGAGGACAUGAUGACACGGUGACUGUGAAAAGAUUUUUUCCAUCGCACCAGCAUUAAGCGUGCCCAUCUCCAGGUUCCCCCAGGCCUCAAGGCUCCCAAGGCCUGAGUGGGUGGGUAGCACCCAGGUAUAGAUCUUCCACGUGCAGUACCCGGGACACAGCCAGCAUGAACUGGGCAUUUCUGCAGGGCCUCCUGAGUGGUGUGAACAAGUACUCCACGGCUCUGAGCCGCAUCUGGCUGUCUGUGGUGUUCAUCUUUCGCGUGCUGGUGUACGUGGUGGCGGCGGAGGAGGUGUGGGACGAUGAGCAGAAGGACUUUGUCUGCAACACCAAGCAGCCCGGCUGCCCCAACGUCUGCUAUGACGAGUUCUUCCCCGUGUCCCACGUGCGCCUCUGGGCCCUGCAGCUCAUCCUGGUCACGUGCCCCUCGCUGCUCGUGGUCAUGCACGUGGCCUACCGUGAGGAACGGGAGCGCAAGCACCGCCUGAAACACGGGCCCAAUGCCCCGUCCCUGUACAACAACCCGAGCAAGAAGCGGGGCGGGCUGUGGUGGACGUACUUGCUGAGUCUCAUCUUCAAGGCCGCUGUGGAUGCCGGCUUCCUCUAUAUCUUCCACCGCCUCUACAAGGAUUACGACAUGCCCCGCGUAGUGGCCUGCUCCGUGGAGCCUUGCCCCCACACUGUGGACUGCUACAUCUCCCGGCCCACAGAAAAGAAAGUCUUCACCUACUUCAUGGUGACCACAGCUGCCAUCUGCAUCCUGCUCAACCUCAGUGAGGUCUUCUACCUGGUGGGCAAGAGGUGCACGGAGAUCUUCAGCCCCAGGCACCGGCGGUCUCGGUGCCGGGAACGCCUACCCGACACCUGCCCACCGUAUGUCCUCUCCCAGGGAGGGCACCCUGAGGAUGGAAACUCUGUCCUAAUGAAGGCUGGGUCGGCCCCAGUGGAUGCAGGUCGGUAUCCAUAAUCUGCGAGGUCAGCAGAUAAGAUCACCAGGUCCCCCCACCUGAGGCCACCCAGGAAAACAGGCAGGGGCAGGGGCAUUCUUACCGUAGCAGGGUGGUGAGGACGGUGGCUGUGGGGGCUCAGGAAGCUCACCCAGGGGCCAAUGUGGGAGGUGGCGAGUAGUUUGGUCCCUGGGUCCUGAGCCUCAGGGGAGGGAGGUUGAUGGCUGGCGGGGAUUUUGUAUAUGGCAAUAGUGUAUGUCAAACCUCUUAAUAAAUAUGAUUUUCCCAGUA